AUGGAGAGAAAAGCUUUGGCUUUCAAGACGAUGAUCAAUAAGCAUCGUCCCAAGACGGAGAAUAUAGACCCUCGGAAGUGGAUGAGACAGGAGACUGUAAAGGGGUUUACUGACUUCAUACUGAACAAGCCAGAGAAAGAUACAGACACCAGCUUUGACAACAAGGAGAUGUUGCUCAAUGCAGAGAAGCAGUUUAUGGAAGCAGCUAAGAGAAAUGAUGUGGAAGCCAUGAAGACUCUUGGAAGAGGGCUGAACGCCAAUGCAAAGAAUGUGCAUAACAGGACUGCCCUUCACUACGCAGUAGCUGGCAAAAACAAGGAAGCUGUGCAGCUUCUUCUGCAGCGGAGGGUCAAGGUGGAUCAAAAGGACAAGCACGGUGUGGCACCAGUUCAUUUGGCUGCCUGGUUUGGCAGCUUGGAGAUCCUGAAAUUAUUAGUGCAGGCCGGGGCUGAACAGAAGGUUGAGAACGAGGAAGGUCUGAACAUCAUGCACUGUGCUGCUGUCAACAACCACACUGAAAUUCUGGAUUAUAUACUUAAUGACCUGCAGAUGAAAGAACUAGACAAAGUUGACAUGUCAGGACACAGACCAUUUGCACUGGCGGCGGAGCAUGGCUGCUUUGAAAUGAUAGAUAUGUUGAUACAGCCGUACAACAUGGGCACCAUGAAGCCCAACAAGGUUGGGGACACGCCCCUGCACUUAGCUGCCAGGAACGGCCACUCGGAUGCCGUGCGAUCACUGCUGCAGAGCUUUGAUACUCGGGAUGAAGUCAAUAUGGAUGGUGAGACAGCCCUGUAUCAGGCUGCAGACAACGGCCAAGAAGAAUGUGUCCUGGCCCUGCUGGAGGCUGGCUGUGACCCCAACAUCCUCACAAAUGCAGACUGCAGUGCUCUCCAUCCAGUUUCAGAAAAAGGAGACACGUCUCUUGUCCAACUCCUCUUAGAUUACAAAGCCAAUACAGACUUCCAGAAUCAGCACCUAGAAGCUCCUAUCCACCUGGCAGUGAAGAACAGCCACAUUCCUGUCAUCCAUCUUCUACUGAAGGCUGGCUGCAACAUUAAUGCCACCGAUAAGAGGUCCCAGACUGCUAUGCAUCUUGCUGCAGAACUGGCCAGAAUAGAAGUCGUGGAAAUGCUUCUUAAAACCGGGCAGGAUCUGACACUCCAGGAUAGGCAGGGUAAGACGGCUCUGGGUGUGGCAGUCCGAGCAGACGAGGUGAUUAUUGUGGACAUGAUCAUCAAAGCAGAAAGAUACUACGCCUGGAGGAAGGCCAACCCAGAACUUAAUGAGAGUGUUCACAACGACUAUCCGCUAACGUUUAAACUCGACCACCGUUAUGAGACCAAGCAGCUCCGUUCGGUGGCGUGGCGCCUGGCGUACGAGCUCCUGAAACCAGGAGAUUGGAAGAGUCUCGCAGAGCACUGGGGCUUCACUAAGGAGCAGGUGUCGGCCAUCGAGGAGCAGUGGACAGGUCAGCACAGCUAUCAAGAGCACGGGAACAGGAUGCUGCUGAUCUGGUUCCACGGGGAGGAGCUGGCUCAGAAGAGUCCCGCUAAAGAACUCUACCAGAGCCUCAUCCUCACAGGGAACAGGAAAGCUGCAGAUAAGAUUCGGAUGGAGGCAGAGAGUUCUAGCAGUAAGAGCUGCAGCAUUUCAUGA